CACACACACACACACACACACAUAUACAUAUAAACACACAAACACACCAGCUAAGAGGACUGUAGUAUUUGCAGUUCGAAUAAGGAGAAAGCCGAAACAUAGUGAGGAUAUGAAUCAGUAGCUAACUUUGCGUGUCCUCGUGUAACGGGGUGGGCCUGCUCCUCGUUUUGCUGGUUAAAAAUUUGUCAGUGUUACAAGUGGCGGACUGGCUCCUCGCCGUUUUGGCAGAGGGAGUGGAAGUAAAUGAAAGCGUUGUUUGGAGCUUUUGAACAAAGAGCUUUUCUUCCCUCUACCAUUGUUACCGAGCGGAGCGCCUGUUUUCUAACUGAUUCAGAGGUGGUUUCAGACUGUAAAAUUUAGGGGCGGCCUGUGCUCCAGUCAUGACCUCUGGGAGUGGGAACACUAACAGCAGCCAACACAGUGGAGAGAGCAAACCAGCCCAGGCCCUAGUCAAGACCAACAUUCUCACCCAUCUGAUAGAAGGCUUCGUCAUCCAGGAGGGUGCUGAACCUUUUCCUGUAGAACGUCCAUCUUUCUCAAUUGAGAGCCUGAGGAGACACACAGCAGACUCAAAGAUGGAUGGCCUCUCAUCAAAGGAGUUAAAGGCCCAGCAGGAGCCCAUGCUGACCUGUGAGCUGUGUGGCAGGGUGGAUUUUGCCUACAUCUUCAAAAGGUCUAAGAGGUUCUGUUCUACAGUGUGUGCCAAACGCUACAACGUGGGAUGCACAAAGAGAAUGGGUCUCUUCCCAAAUCGCAAAACCACCCUGGAGACCAUGAAGAAACAAAGAGCACUGAACGGAAACCACAAAAACUCCAGUUUAGAGUCUAAAAAGAAGACUGCUCCCUCUGUGCAGAAGCCUGCUGCUGCUGCUGCUGCUGCUGCUGCUGCUGCUGCUGCUGCUGCUGCUGCUCUGUCCACCGGUCACUCUAUCCACCCUGCACAGGGAGAGUCCAGCCAAUGUUCAGACUUGUCUUCCUAUAAAAAAACCCCGUCCCCACUGUCAGCCACCCAGCGGGUGCCUGCGGUGCAAGGCUCUGAGCUGCCCCUGCUGCCCCACAGCUUCCUGCCAUGUGACCCCGGGCAGUGGAACAUAGAGGAUGUCUACGAGUUCAUCUCCUCUUUGCCAGGUUGUCUGGAGAUCGCUGAGGAGUUCCGUUCUCAGGAGAUCGAUGGACAGGCCCUGCUGCUGCUGAAGGAGGACCAUCUCAUGGGAACCAUGAACAUCAAACUGGGCCCUGCACUCAAGAUCUUUGCGCAGAUUAGCAUGCUCAAAGACUCGUAGCCCAUCUCAAGCUCUCUCUCUCUCUCUCUCUCUCUCUCUCUCUCUCUCUCUCGCUCACUCACUCAUUCACACACACACACACACACACACACACACACACACACACACACACACACACACACACACACACACACACACCUCUCUAAGGCAGCUUUGGACAAACAGGAUGUGCUCAGGAUUCCACAUUUCGACCAACUUUGAGUUGAGUUCAUGUACUGGGCCAGAAUUGUUUGUUGGGUGUUUUGUCAUGGCCUGCUGAACACAAGGACUUCAACUGGGACUGUUUGACUCACCUUUUACACUGACAACUUCACCCUGGCACUACUUCAAGUUUGACAAGAAUGGUGUAUUAGGUAGGCUGUGUUGGGUUCCUGCAGGAGAGGUUUAAGGUUAGCAGUUGAUUUGUUCUGGUAUUUCUCACAGGAGCCUGACCACUGCUGUCUCAUUGAACUCUGGACAUUUCAGUCACUGGGUUGCUCAUAAAAUUAAUUACAGGGAUAAUAUUAAAAAUACAAACUCACUGGAUGGUAGCAAUCUUUUUAGCUACUUAAAUGGUGGGAAAAUGAAAUCAGGCAGGUGCAAGUUAACAAAAAACAUUAUUUUGUUUUUACUGUGAAUAAGAAAGGUCUUUUUCAUUAAAGUCAGUAUAAAACCAUGUAAAAUCAAAGAUGCUAAACAAAAGAGCAAGAAGGAUAAUAUUAAGUGGGGAAGCUAUAGACCGGAGACUAUCAUUUUAUUCUGCAGUGUAUCUUCCAGCCACCAGUGGCAGCACUAACUUCACUGCUGUUGAGCAGCUCUUCAGUUCAUGAGCGAAACAAAAAUCCUCCACCAUCUUUGACUUUACAGGGUGUGUUUUGACUUCAGUGGAAGAGACUUUUCUUGGUGAUGUAUUUAAUUUACGUAAAAGUUCAUUCUUGGCCAUAAAAUUGUAGCUGACAAAAUAAUCUCUCACUUAGUAGCUUUUCCCAGAGCUUCUUCAACCACGUUCCAUGGUCUUUAUCAGUGGAUUUUUGUGACAUUGUGUUUUGUUUUCUGUUUGUUUGUUUUUAUGAGGUGCUCAGUGACUGAACUGAUGCAGGAUAUGGAUACAUAGUAGGACGAUCCCGGUUCAGGGCACAGAUUCAUUCAGUCCAGAGUGUGUGUUUAGCACAGAGACGGGAAGCAGGGGGAAAAUGCUAGCCUAACUCCAUCAGCAGUUGGGAAAAAAGCCAUUCAACAACUUAAAAGCUGUCUAAUGACACUGAGAUUAUGGUUUGCAGUUGGAGAUGAAGAUUUAUUCACCAACAGCCAUCAACAAAAUUCAGUGCUGUGUGUAAACGAGACAGUUUUGAAGUUAAUGCAAGACAGACUGUUUCACUUGUUACAGAACAGUUUUAUCUCUACUUCCAGUCUUUGUGCUAAGCUACACUAAAAAUGUCCCCACUGGGCAUUGAGUGAUGAAGUCCAGGAGAAAGUUGGUUAACUCCUGACUCUGCUAACAUAGCUCACAAACUUAUUUCCCUAAAUACCGGAAUUGUCAGAAAAUGCCUUGAUUGAAUGGUUAGUUGCUCAAUUGUUGUAAUUAAAAAAUAACUGAAGAGCAAUUGGUCUGAAGACAGAUAUUGAUCAUUUUAAUUUGGUUUUGUGACGUUAUAACAUUAAGUACAAACACACUGACUCAAAAAACCUCAUCAAGCAGGAAAAUAUUUGUUUCCUGGUCGAGGCUGACUUAUACUUCUGUGUCACGAUGUCUCUGUACAGGGCUGGACAUGACAACUCAGACACAUAUGAAAUGUAGUGUUAUCCACCUCAACUGUGCUGAUUCAACAUUUCAUUCAUGUUUGAAUAAUUUGUGGGGAUAUUGUGCUAUAUGUUUUAGAAGGUGAUUCAGUUCAGUCAUUUUGUCCAUCCAGUAUCUGUUCGGACCACUUUUUUUCUCCUACAUGUUUCUGGUGUUCGUUGAUAAUGGACAAAUUAGCUUUUUUAAUAUAACAAAGCCAUUUUAAUGUAGACUUUCUGUUCACUCACACAGGCAGAGCUCUGUAUCAGAAAAAGUGAAUGAUAAUGAAUGCUGCAAACAUGAAUUUUGUUAUCUUCAACAGUGAUCAGGUAGAGUCUAUGCACACAGGAAAUGAUUGCCAUAAGUGCCUAUGGUGACAUGUUGAUGCAGAAGUAUAAUUCAGGCUUGAAAAAUUGAAAAAUGAGAAAGCUACUGAUAGUUCGUAUGCCAUUUCAUAAUACUUUUACCAAAGUCAAUUGAAUGUUACUAUUGAAUUGCUGUCGCUAGAAAUUUGUUAAAGCUGAGGUAUCUAUAUGUUUCUUACUACAGUUGCCACAAAUGCCUGAAAAAUUGUUUUCCAAAGUUUAUUAUUCUAUUUUUGGGGAAAAAAGACACCUAAUUAAUCAAGACCGUAAAACUGAUGCACCUAUUUCACUAUAGAUACCAUCAUAACCUUGAGUAGUUGUAUUCCAAAUUUUCCAAGAUCUGUUUGUGGCAAAAAACUCGCUGUAAAUUACCGGUCAACACUCGGACAAAGGCAGUUUUUAAUCUACUUUACAAUCCACUUGUGAGCAUAGUUGUUGUUUGUUUACAGUAUGUUAUUUUGGAAUAAACUGGUUUCUUUAGUGGGAGUUGAAAUCUAAUAGUGAUUGGGUCAUGACUGUGAUCAUCUGAAAGCAUCUGUCAUGGACAGAUAUUUAGUAUGGUUAGUGGUAGACACUGUUUUGUCCUUUAAAAGUUUUUUUUCUAUUUUUUUUUUUUUUUACAGAA